UAUUUAUUCGGAGUUGGUGGAGACAGCUUUCUCGAGAUACCCAGGUUUUCAGGCGAUGUAAAAUACCAGAAUUUCUAUUCUAUAACUAAUUUGAUAUUCAAAAGGCAUCAUGGAGUCGUGUUACAAGAGACAAUGUUCAGCUCAAGCAUCGUAGCUGGGUUUGGGUCGCGAGACGCGUCUUCCCACCACACACUUCAAACUCAAAGCGUACAACUCGGUGCUUACAGGUAAAUCUGCCCCCUGAAUUCUUAGUACACGAUUUGAUUAAGCAGUAGACGGACGAGUAGCGUUUUCCUUUCAUCAAGGCCAUCAUCGCGGGCUUUACCAUGUCUCCCCAUUGCCCCUCAGCAUUCGCGAACUCCGCAAAACUACCGCCGCUUACGCUUGUCGUCGCAACAACACCAGUCACCUCCCAUACAAACCCCAGUAUUUCUCGCCUUGGAAUCGGGAAUUGUGGAACACUUCCAUGGCCUCGCAUAAAGUCUGACAUGAGCUUUUUUGCACGCAUAACGACGCGCCCGCCUGCCGCAGCCCAACCCCAGCUCCAUACCCCUAACGCCCUAAAUGCGGUGAUAAUGGGAAGGAAAACAUAUGAUUCCCUCCCUAGCAGAUUUCGACCACUUCCGAAACGGUUGAAUGUUAUUAUAACGCGCGACGAGUCGGGAAUGGUAUGCGAGCGGGCGGCAGCAGAGUGGAAGGCUGCGAGAAAAAGAGAGUGGGAAAAAGCGCAGGAGAAGAAAGAUGAAUUUAGGACAGAGUCCAAGAGCUGUUCGUCUAUGGAGAAAAAUGAUUCAAUCGAGGAAUUGGAGAAGGAGACCCCUGAUGUCCUUGUGUCUAAUGGUAUCGGAUCUGCUCUUCUCGCCCUACGAGAUAGCUUCAACCCGUUUUCCCAGAAUGGUCGACGAAGAAGUCUCGGGAACGUCCUUGUGAUUGGCGGCGCCGAGAUAUACGCAUCCUCUUUAAAUCUAGAUCCCACUGGCCUAGGUUGCAAAAUGAGGAUCGUCAUGACAGAUGUCCGUCGGCCUACUUCGGAAGCCGAGAAAAACGAUCCGUCACGAUCCAGCAAUGGCUUUGAAUGCGAUACUUUCUUUCCGAUUGAUAACCUAGAUGGAAACGAUGAGUGGAGACGGGCUUCUGCGGCCGAAGUAUCAGAGUGGGUUGGCGAAGCGGUUCCAGAAGGCUGGGUAUGGGAUCAAGACAUUGCUCUUCGCUUCCUCGGGUAUGAGCGAAGGUGAGAGUAGGUAGUGGCAAAUACACGCGUGCUUGAUCUACUUCUCACAUAUCUCUAACAUUUAUUGCUGGGAUGGAGUGAACUACCGCAGCACGCACUUUACCAUGAGCUUUUGGGCAGAGCAUCAGUGAGUUACAGUUAACACCGGGCGGAAAACUGAGUCACUUGGCGCCAAACAAUAUUUCCUUCCCUCAUUAGGGGCAAUAUAGUCUCCUUACAAGCCAGCUCUUAUGACUUAGCUAGCGCUUAUAUAUAUCCUUGCCUAUUCUUGCUUUAUUUUACUUACUUCUCUCAUACCAUGUUCAUCUGAUAGAGAAAAUGAACCAGGCAUCGAUCGGUUUGUGCACUUACCAAUAUGAACAGUUUUGAGGCUGACUGAAGACUGAAACACAGCCUCUCUCUCGUCAGGAACUCCCUUGGGAAAGGGUAUGGUUUGCAAUGCAGAGUAUAUUACUGAUAUUUUCACCGUCAAGGUGUAUAUUUUAUGAUCCCUAGCAAUGCGCACACUACUAUAUAUAUAAGUUCAAGGAAACACAGAGUAUGUUAUCAGGUCA